GAAGGGCAGCAUCAACAACGCAGCGCAGGGAACUGUCAGCUGGCAAAAAAGAGAGAAAGAAAGCAUUAAAAUAAUGAAACCGUCGGAUAAACGUGUUGCAGUGAACUAGUUGCUGAACUAGUCUUCUUAUAUGUAAUUCAAUGACGUAAAAUUGUUGGUUAAAAUUUAAGGUUAGCGAGUCGCUAGCGAGAUAGGGCUGUGUCAUUGAGAAGGCAGGACACGUCAAGACGAGGAAGAAAAACCUUAGAGGCUUUAGCUAGCUAUAAUUUAUAUUCCAGCAAAAUACGAAAGCGAGAGCUAAAUCAUAUCCAGUUAUUCCAAGCUCACCGUUGUUUGCAGUGUGGUAAAAACUGGAACGGACCUCGUCUGUCAACGCCUGGACCAAGGGUUGCCAGUAAGGUGAAAAAGAUAUAGAAAACAGACUAGAGUACUGUGUUAGAUCAAAUUAAACUGGAAGAUAUAAAUGGGUGAUUACGGGUUCGGAGUCUUAGUACAAAACAACAGUGGCAACAAGUCUGCUUUUCCAGUCCGAAUCCACCCACACCCACAACCUGCUCACCAUCACCAGAAUGCCACCCCUAGUCCUGCUGCUUUCAUAAACCACAGCUCAGCUGGGAAUGGCAGCGCCAGCGGUUCACCUUGGCUUUUCCCGGCCGCGGCCGCUCACAGCAACAUGCAAGAUGAGAUUCUUGGUUCUGAAAAACCCAAAUCCCAGGCGCCGGAGCUCCAGGAGACGCAAGAGAAGCAGCAGCAGCAGCAGCUCUCUCCGGGCCACCAGGAGACGGGCAUCAUCUCCGAGUUGGAGAAGGCAAGGUCCGAGGACGGGAAAGUGGAGAGCGGACCCUCCGAGGGGACCAACGGUAAGGAGAAGCUGCGUCUCGAGUCUCCCGUUCUGACGGCCUUUGACUAUCAGGAGACCUCCAGCCUGGGCACCGUCACCCAGUCCAGUACCUCUUCCUCCCUGACCAGUUUCAACAACUGGUCAGCUGCUAUUCCCCCGACCCCCUCCACCAUCAUCAACGAGGACAUGGGGUUCUUUAACCCCGCUGCCUCCGCUACCAACGGGCCCUUGCUGUUCCAGAACUUCUCCCACCACGUUAGCCCCGGGUUCGGAGGUAACUUCUCCCCCCAGAUAGGCCCCCUGUCCCAGCACCACCCACCACACCCCCACUUCCAACACCCCCACAACCAGCACCAACAGCACCGUCGCUCCCCGGCAAGCCCCCACCCGCCGCCGUUCCCUCACAGGAAUGCUGCCUUCGGCCAGCUGCCGCACCUCUCCAACAACCUGAACAAGCCGCCCUCCCCCUGGGGCAGCUACCAGAGCCCUUCUCCCUCACCCUCCUCCACCUCGUGGAGCCCCGGCGGGGGUUACAGCGGCUGGGGCGCCUCCCAGGCCCGGGAGUACCGCAGGGGGCUGAACGGGGGCGUGACACCCCUCAACUCCAUCUCGCCGCUGAAGAAAAUCUUCCCCAACAACCACGUGCCCUCGCAGAAGUACUCGCGCACCAGUCCCGGCUUCAACCCCAAGUCCUGGAUGGACGAAGGAUCGGGGAGGAGUGACAACAUCUUCCCUUUCCAGGAGCGCACCCGAUCGUUUGAUGGAUUCAACAUGCACUCUCUGGAGAGUUCUCUCAUUGACAUCAUGAGGGCUGAACAAGACUCCCUGAAAGGUCGCCUCGGAUUUGCCCACCCUGGCGGAGACAACCCUCUGCCCAUAAAUGCAAGGAAUUAUGGGAGGCGACGAGGUCACUCCUCGCUCUUCCCCAUGGAGGAUGGUUUCCCUGACGACGAGCGCACUGACCAGAGCCUCCCCGGUUUGGGCUCCCCUCACUGCUUCCCCCAUCAGAACGGCGAGAGAGUGGAACGGUACUCCCGCAAGGUCUUCGUUGGAGGACUGCCCCCUGACAUCGACGAAGAUGAGAUUACUGCUAGUUUUCGGCGCUUUGGACAUCUGUUUGUGGACUGGCCCCAUAAAGCGGAGAGCAAAUCGUACUUUCCCCCCAAAGGUUACGCGUUCCUGCUGUUCCAGGAUGAGAGCUCCGUUCAGGCUCUGAUUGACGCCUGCAUCGAAGAGGAUGGGAAGCUCUAUUUGUGUGUCUCCAGCCCCACCAUUAAAGACAAACCAGUCCAGAUCCGCCCAUGGAACCUGAAUGACAGCGACUUUGUGAUGGAUGGCUCUCAGCCUCUGGACCCGAGGAAGACUAUCUUUGUGGGCGGGGUGCCACGCCCUCUGCGUGCAGUGGAGUUGGCCAUGAUAAUGGACAGGCUGUAUGGAGGGGUGUGCUAUGCAGGCAUUGACACAGACCCAGAGCUGAAGUACCCUAAGGGAGCAGGGCGUGUCGCCUUCUCUAAUCAACAGAGCUACAUUGCUGCUAUCAGUGCUCGCUUCGUACAGCUCCAGCAUGGAGAAAUCGAUAAACGGGUGGAAGUGAAGCCAUACGUGCUGGACGACCAGAUGUGUGAUGAAUGUCAGGGGACUCGCUGCGGGGGCAAGUUCGCCCCGUUCUUCUGCGCCAACGUCACCUGCCUCCAGUACUACUGUGAAUACUGCUGGGCGGCCAUCCACUCCCGCGCCGGCAGAGAGUUCCACAAGCCCCUGGUCAAAGAGGGCGGAGACCGACCUCGCCACAUCUCCUUCCGCUGGAACUAACGCGCAGCACCCCACGGAACGGAGACUGGGGCAGGUUUUUCCUUUCUGUUUUCCUUUUUUUCUUUCCUUUUCUUUUUUUUUUUUUCUUUUUUUUUUUACUUAAAAGACAAGGAGGGGGCUUAGGAGGAGAGUCGCAAGAAAUCAUAGUUUAAAGAAAAUGCACUUUUCUGUUGCUGGUUCCUUUUUUUAAAAU